AUGUCUGGCGUUGCAUGGACACUGACUGCCUUUUUCGAAAUGAUUCUGUUCGUUCUGACUCUCUGGAAGUCUGUACAGCUGAAACGGUCAAAGCUUGCGAUGGACAAUCCAAGGGAUGAACUACCACGAGCAGAGCACAUUAUCACAUUAAUGGCGCGAGACUCUAUCAUGUACUUUGCUAUUAUAUUCUCAAUAUGUCUUCUGGGGGCAAUUUUAGUAUUCAUCGCUGACGAAAGCCCCGUUAGUAUUAACAAUCCGUUUUUUGUUGACUUCAACAAAUUUGGAUCAAACGCAUACCAAACAAUUGUGAUAACAAUCGUGACGAUCCUCGCUCCGAGGAUGCUCAUCAAUCUUCGAGAAGAGCGUUACGGUCCAGUCGGGAUAAUUCCAACUGCACUUUCUUGGGAUGUCUGCGUUCCAGAACAUUCUGGCCUGCAGACUACCGGUAAUAUUGUGGAAUGA